AUGAACAGUCUGGUGGCCACUCCUCCUGUUCCUCCUCAUUUCUAUGAACACUCUCGGCACUCUCCUUCUCGUAUAAGUACGAUCCCUAUUCCCAAAGUUUUCUGGGCCAUCGACUGGUUUUCAAACGUCAUCUCCAAGAUAUUUGAAAUGCUAACCCUCUUUGUAGUGUCUACCCCCUCUUCUUCCUACAGCAACCGAAAGCGGAAAGCCGACGAUGAUGGCAACGAUCACGAUGGACGGAUGUCUGCCUCUCCCACAAGCUCACCAGCCUUUACUCCACGCCAGCUCCCUGCAUUCCGAAAUUACAAGCGUUCCCGACCGAAUGUCUCUGGUAGACCGCUCGCUCUUCCAAGAUUGCUAGAAACCCUUGACACCGAUGCCUUGCGAAUGGUCGUGCGAACCAUGUGCGAGCGCCACCCCCAGCUCGCCGAUGAAGUGGCCCAAACCUCUCCCCACCCAUCUUCUUUCCCAUUGGGUGGCAACACAGAAUCCGAUUAUGCCUACAACCGAGUCCGACAGCCACUCACCAAUCUCCUCGAGGCUCUCAGCGACUUCACCCCUAAUUUUCUGCCACCCAAUGAGCCACAGCCUUCGGUCUCGCUAAGCUACUUGGAUGGCGCAACCGAUAUCAUUCACGCCUUGCCCCGUUGGAGCACGCCCCAGAACAAUAUCGAACGGGACUCUGCCUACGAUGAGAUCUGCAAGGCUUGGGUCCUGGUGAUCCGAGAAGCUGCCAAGCGUGGCGGAGGUAUCCAGCUCCAGUACGGCGGAUGGGAUCAAAAGCUGGCAAAGCAUAACCAAGCCUCUGGAGGGAAACUGCAAGGUGCAGUCAAUGAACUUGGGUCGAGCCUUGGUUGGAUGGGCGGGCCAGAUUCUCCCUCUCACGGCCCUAGUGGCAAUGACCUUGGCUCUAUACGUGAUCAGCUUCUCUCAGGCACCUAUGGCUUAGGCACCCCUGUCAAAGUUGGGCCUUGGUGA